AUGUCGACCCGAAUUCGUCUUAUUUAUGGAGCUGGUCAGUUCAGUGUACCUGGUCCACGGUCUAUGGGAGCACGGAUCAACACCAUCGAAGACGCACAAAAUAUCAUAGACGUGUUCGCCAGCCAUGGCCACAAACAGAUUGACACAUCUCGUGUUUACGGGGGUGGGACGUCAGAGGAGUUCAUCGGCCAACUCGAUCUGAAAGGUUGUACAGUGGAUACAAAGGUCCUUCCAACUGCGCCCGGGGAUUUUGCGCAGGACAAAAUUCGGGCGUCGUUAGAAGCUUCUAUCAAGGCGCUGGGGAAGACAAAGAUCGAAACGUUCUAUCUGCACGCGCCGGACAGGAGUGUUCCAAUUAAAGAUACUCUUCGGGCCAUCCACGAACUGCACUCCGAAGGUCUCUUUGAGGAGUUUGGGGUCUCGAACUAUAACGCCUGGGAGGUGGCUGAGAUGGUUGGCAUAGCGGAAACGAACGGAUGGGUCAGACCGACUGUAUAUCAAGGCCCCUAUAAUGCACUCGAACGAAGAGCUGAAACAGAGUUGUUCUCCUGCCUCCGGCACUAUGGAAUACGAUUCUAUGCGUAUAGUCCACUAGCGAGCGGUUUACUUGCUGGGAAAAUUCUCUCAGAAGCGGACAUGCAAACUGGUAGAUGGGAUUCCAAUUUAUCUCCUGUAGCAGAUUAUCUGCGCGCGAAAUAUUCUCUUCUCAUUCCUAUUUUGCGAGAAUUGAAGGGCGUGCUUGACAAGCAGGGAAUUCCUCUUUCUGAAGCUGCUCAUCGCUGGCUUCAACACCACAGCAAGUUACAACCUGGUGAUGGCAUCAUUAUUGGUGCCAGUAACGUCGACCAACUCGAGAACAAUCUGAGGGAAAACGAGGGUGGACCACUUUCUGACGAUGUCGUCAAGUUGCUGGAGGAUGCAUGGGGGCAAGCCAAAGGUGUUGCACCGCACUACGCGGCUUGAGUCCUAUCCAGUUCGAACUGUAUUAUAUCUAUCACGCAGAACUUGAAGCAAUUCGCGUAAUUCCCAUCCACUUAAGCUGUAAUGCAUAUUGUACACUACAAUUCAUCGCAACGGCCGAAGGCGAGCGGAUUGCGUGUAAUUACUAGCAACAAAAUGACCAUACAAGUACCCUACCGGCAUGACAGGUUGAAGGUGGAAUCAGAUGAGGAUGAUACAUCCAAGGUGAACUGAUGCAAACUACCGAGUGACAUACCAUGGACUCCUCUGCUGUGGGAAUUAUUUGGUAGUGUGUAUACUAUAUACCUCAUGAUACUAGUGAUGCUUUUCAUCAGGCAAUGUACCCCCCUUGUUCCAACGUUUUGAUGAGUGACAAACUUCUGUGUUUUUCAUCAGCCAUCCUUACCUUGAAUUCAUGCAUGCCUAGUUCUAGGUAACCUUGCCGCAUGGUCU